AUGGCCCUAGAGGAUGUCACAUGCAAUGAGCAGGGUGGGAACAACCUCUCUAGGAGGAAAGAGCCUUUGCACCUGGAAGAUGUGGUGGAGGCUUAUAAGCAAGGUCUGAGACCUGCUGUGGGCUACGAGCUCAACCCCUGGCUGCUGUGGCUCUCCAGCUACAGGGCCUGGAGGGCUGGGUGCCAUGGGAAGGUGUCCUUCCUGAAGAAGGAUCUCUGGAAGGUGAAUCUCUCUGACUGCUACAACGUGAUCGUGUUCCUGGCCCCCAGCGUGAAGCCUCCCCUGGCUGCCAAGCUCCUUGCAGAGCUCCCUGAUGAUGCCCGGGUGGUGGUCGGACGCUUCCCCUUCCCCUCCUGGCCCCCCAGUUGCUCCCUGGGCCAGGGGCUGGAGCAGGUCUGGGCCUAUGACAUGAAGGAGGUGCGAGCAGCUCAGAGCCCCCCCAGGGGGACCCCCUGCUAG